AUGGCCCAACGUGGUUCCUGGACAGAUCUGUCCAGACAGGAAGUUAAAAGCCCAUCGCUAGCUUGCAGAAGUCUCUCUCGAGCCAGAUCCGCCAGUCAAACCGACCUGAUGGACCUUAGUCCCAGUUCUCUUGAGGAAAAAUACUUCGACAACCCCAGCACAUUCAGACUAGCUGUAAAACCAGGGUUGGGACUGACCCUAAAAAAUGGUCCGCUGUCCGGUUCUGCCCCAUCAGGAAAACUCUCUGAUAACCAUUUUGACUCACCUGAAGAUCAAAAUUUUGUGACGUCCAAAAAGAGGACAUUCUCCAGAGCCAAGGACUCUAUGAAAAAGCCCAGUGAUAAUAAAGGUAAAAAUGGUGUACCUUUAAUAUCGAUAACAGAUGAAUCAGACUCCGGCACUGAGUCCACCCUCAAUUCAGCUGUUAGCUCACCUCGAACACCUGAAACGACCGGCAUUGAAAACCCUGCCUGUAUUGUUAACUUUACCAGUAGUUCUGUGACGGAGAACGUGAAGUGCAAUAAUCCCAAGUUGGACCUUGUGAUAGAAAAAAGGUUGGAUCAUAAUGAUGAAAUGCUUUUGGAAAUUCCUGAGGGUACAGAUGAAGCCGUCAAGCCCAAUGGAGACAUUACGUCCGGAAAUACUUCUAACAUAACAAGGAUAGUAAAGAAGGUGCCACUUAUUACCGAUGAAAUGCUCCAAAAACACUCUUACCAUUACUAUUUAAUGCACAACUUCUUCUUGUCUGAGUCCAGCUCCAGUGGGCAAUCUGAAGAUGAAGGUAACCAGGGGUACCCAGAAACACCCACUGUUAAAAAAGUUACUUUCAAUCUAGAACCAGAGGUUAUAAUUCUAGAGCCCGACACACCAUCCUGCUCUUGCCUCCAGCGAAAUCCAGCAAAAUACGCAUAUAUCCAGGUGGCUGGAACAAUGUUUCAGACACAUUGGACCACACUGGACAGGCACCCAGACACUCUUCUGGGUUGUCAGGACAAGUUACAAUACUACGAUUACAACAGAGAGGUCUUCAACUUCCCCCACAUUCGUCAAGACUGCUUUGAGUCGAUACUCUUCUAUUAUCAGGACGGUAUUUUAAGGUCUCCAAAGGGAGUGAAGGAGGAGGUAUUUCUCGCUGAGCUGGACUUUUUUGGAAUUCGACAUGAUAAGAUCACGGUCGGUCCUUUUGAACAUGAACUUCAAGAUAAUUACGAUCACGCUGUCCCCGAGCAAGAUUCAUUCCAAGCCAGGGUAUUUCUCUUUCUCUACCAUAAGUCCUCAACUACAACGAAGAUUUAUACUUUUAUAGACAUCAUCUUCAUUUUGACGUCCGUGGUUAGCUUUCUGACUGCAACAAUCCCUAAAUACAAGCCUCCUCUUCAUCAAAACAACAGUGGAAACUGGACUGAGGAUCAGUCAUUGUUCUAUUCAAGAUUUGGUGCAAUCAAGGAAUUUGUUAUAAUCGACGGAACUUGUAUGAUCUGGUUCUUUGCCAUGUUCAUCCUUCGUUACUACGCGGCUCCCAAGAAGCAACCAUUUCUCAAAUCCUUCCAAUCAGGCAUUGACCUCAUACUCAUCACCGCUUUUGUAAUCUCGGUCGUUCUAGCUUACUCGCCAGUCAUCGAGAACUCAUUCCUUCACACUCUUGUUCGAUUAACUUUCAGCCUAAGGAUCUUGAAGCUUUCCCAGCAUUCCCUCCUGCUGAAUUCGUUGGGAAUCGCACUCAAAGAGGCGUCGAAGGAGCUGAUAUCGGUGCUCCUCUUUGUGUUUGUUAUCGUAUUUAUUUUUGCGUGCUUCGAGUACUUUGUGGAGAUAGAGGAACCAAGCAAAGAGCCUGAGGAUGAUCACGUGAACUGUGAUGGAAUAGUCCACUCCGACUGUCAACAUCACCUGGAGGAUAAAGAUGAGCACACAAGUCUGAUGGACUAUGUUUGGUGGAGUCUUAUCACCAUAACUACCAUAGGGUAUGGUAAUACUCGGAUCUACACAACUGCUGGCAAGGUAGUCGGUGCUUUGUGCGCGAUAUCAGGAGUACCUCUGUUCGCCAUACCCAUACCCAUACUCAGUAAGCACCUGGAGAGGGUGUACCAGCGAGAGCUGAGAAGGAACAAACUUCUCAACCACAAAAUGAAGCUGCUCUCACAGAAAAUGCUGACAGAAAGCACCUCCCCAAACACCGAUCUGAUUCCUGAGAGCGAGGAUUCUUCGGACUCUGAGGAGACGAUCUCCUGGCAGAAGAUUGUCGGCACCAGGAGGAAGAGCAUGGGACCUCAGUUUGCAAUGACUCAUUUCAGUAACAAUACGUCUUAG